CUUGAUCUUGCUGGAAUUUGAUUCGCGAGAAACUAAUAAAAGAGUUGAACGUUGUCCAGCUUUCCAGGCAUGAAAAAUUAUCAUUGAAGGCUUUCAUCAUUCUAAUGAAAGAUUUGGCAGGAGGCAUUCAUCUUCAUAGAAAAAUUUAGAGGAAUUUUUUAUUUUUUAUGUCAAACAUAUCUUAUUAGUUAACGUAUUACAUGUCUGCACUACAAUAUUUGUGCAAUCCAGCAUCAUGAACGCAUAUAGCUGCACCAUAAUCACUCGCAUGACACUGAUUCUGUAUUUAUUUCUACAUUUAAAUAAAGAUCGUUAUAUGCAAAUAAAUGUCACUGCGUCCCCCCUGGUUUUUCAAGGCUUCUCUAUCAGCCUUCUGAACAAAGAAUAAAACGCACUCUCUGGGGGCGACGGGACAAGUAACUAACUCGCAACUUUUGUCUGUUAAGGACUACAGAAAAUUUCCUAUGGAACGUGAGCCGUUUGCUCCUUCAGUUGCUCCUCAGACAUGUGUCCUGAAAAUGAAUUUUGCAUGUGGAAAUUGCCACAAGAAGAUCAGGAAACAAUUGCAGAAAACUCAAGGUGUGCACUCCAUCCACAUAGAUGCGAAUGAGGGGAAGGUGACAGUCUCAAGUACAGUAGACCCUCAUGUACUUAUAGAAGAGUUUGCAAAGAUUGGGAAGAAAGCACAUCUUCUAUGGGAACCAAGACCUCUCUUGAUGAACCAAAACAAUGCUGAUAACAGAGGUAAGAGAGUUCAAGAUGCACCUUUUAUUGCUCAACAAAAUGGAAUCGAUCUCGAUCAGCUGGCUCAACUGCAAAAAUUCGCUGAGAAUAAAAGCUUGAAACUUUUGGAGCUAAACCAAACCAACAACAUAAAGAUGACCUUCAGUGACAACGGUGUUAUCAGUCAUAGUGAUCAUGCCACAGACAUCAAUACAAACAAUUUGCACGAGCUUAAAGGGAGUAAUGGAGCUAUGAAUGGGCACAACCCACCACCUAUGAAUACAUUUGGUCAAGGCCAAUAUGGUAAUAUCGGUGGUGCGAGCAGCAGCAGAGGUCCUGCUCCCUCUGGUAAUGGUAGUGGUGGAUGUGAUCCCACAACGAAAAAUGUACCUCCUUGUUGCCACGCUUUUGAGUUCAGCUGUGGCGGCAAUAGAUGGGGUGAGGAGAAGGCUCAAAGGCCUCUACUGCCACCCAACUGUGAUCCUACUGGUCCCAUGCCAACAUACAACCAUGGUCCUUACGGCGCAACACCACCAAAUCACUAUGCUCCUCAUGGAUCGCAACCGGUGAAUAUCCUACACGCAGAUGUAAACUGUGGUGGGGGUCAUAAAACUUGCCGGGUGAUGUGAGCUACAGCUUGUGCUGCAGGCUAUGAUUAGGUUAACGAAUAAUAAACCAUGUUCUGUUGUUGCAAAUCCACACGUGAACUUGGCAUUCACGUUAUCAGCAGGCAGGGAGUGCCAGGCUGCUCUGCUACCCCUGUCUUCAGCUGUCUCCUCUAACAUGGUCAUGGAUGGGCUGGAUGAGGCCCGAAUCAAAGCGGGUUUGAACCAAGUGGAUGAGCCCCUUUGUGGCCCAAUGUCUUCUGUACCUUUAUGGCCCAACAUUCUUUGCCCAUAGAGUUUUUAGUAAUUUUCACUACUGCUUUGUUCGAUAGAAAGAGAGGGAAGCGCGCAAAAAACCAAACUUGUUUUGUUGUGUAUACUUUUCAGCGAUUUUUUUUAAGAUUCCGUCUUUUAACUAAAAUAAGAGGGAGGCAGUAAAAGAUAUUUUCCAGGUUUAGUUCGACCGUGUCAGAAAACGAGAUGGCGACAGAUCGAUGAAAGGUC